AUGAAAGUGAACACGAUAUACCACAAGCCAAAUGAGAUAUCGAAAGAGCGGAAGAAGGAUGUGCGGUAUGUGAAUUUCUCGAAGAAUGAGGAGUAUCAUCCUUUGAUGAAGGAAAGGGAGUUUGUACGGGCACUGAAUGCAACGAAGAUUGACAGGAUGAUGAGCAAGCCAUUUAUCUCUGCGCUUUCUUAUCAUAAGGAGGGAAUCCAUGUUCUGUGCAGACAUCCCAGCCGGCCUGUGUUUGCAUCAGGCAGUUUUGAUAACCAAGUGUUUGUGUGGAACAUGAACGAGAAAGCAGCAAGCAGAGAGUACAAUUGUGAAUAUUCUGUCAAGGGGCUUGGAAUGGAUCUGAAUGGAUGCUUGUAUGCAGGGCAGGGUACCUUUGUUAAGUGUCUUGACGGUGGCACAAAUUAUGCCUGUAAGUCUGAAGUUGUGUGCCUGGAGAUUGGUGAAGAUGUGCAUGCAGGGACGUUUAUGGGUGUUGAGAUGUUUGAUAUUGAGAGAGGAUGCCAGAAGCAGUGUGUAAAGACAGAGCAUUCGUACUGCAUUCAGUCGAGCCCGGUGAUGCCGAAUGUUGUUUGUAUUGGGCAACAGAAAGGAUUUACACUGUUGGACAGUAGGAUUGGAGCAAGGAUAGAUACAAUAAGGGCAGGAAAGACGAACGAUGUAGCAUUCAAUCCAAAGCACGGGCAUAUCCUGGUGUCUGCGAAUGAAGAUGGAUGUGUGUACAACCAUGACAUACGGUAUCUACAGGAGACAUGCGGGGUUUACAGAGGACAUGCGAAUGCUGUGGUCGCAGUUGAAUUUGAUCCGCUUGGGGUUGAGAUAGCAUCUGGAAGUUCUGACAAGACAAUACGAAUAUUUGAGAUAGACGAAAGGAAGAGCAGAGAUGUGUAUUAUGCAAAGCGGAUGCAGAAUGUGUUUGGCUUGAAGUACUCGCAUGACUCACAGUUUAUUGUUUCUGGAAGUGAUGAUGGAUCGAUAAGGUUGUGGAGGAGCCAUGCAUCAAUUCGCCCAGGCCCGAUGAGUAGGAGAGAGAAGGACAAUCUCGAGUACUCGAAGGCAUUGAUUGGCAAGUACAGGGAUGUAGAGGAGAUCAACAGAAUAUCUAGGCAUAGAUUCCUUCCGAGCACACUAAAGAUCUCAUUAAAGAACAUUCAUGAGUCUUACGAAGCAGCACAGAGACGAAAGGCAAAGAGAGAAAGCCAAAAUAAAUAA